AUGGGAAGAAAAAUCUUCUUCAGUUUUUCACUUAUUUUUUUAUGUAUAGGAUUUUCACUGACUUUGGACCAAAUACUUGCCAGGAAGAAUGUAAGUUUCAUCUCUCGAACAUCUUCAAAUAAAGAAGUGGUUAUAAACGAUCAGCAGAGUAAUGGAGACAUGAAUCCAAUCCAGAAUUUCACAACAAUACCAAUCACACAGACUCUCAACUACACUCUGAGCAGACAAGGACAUUUAGAAAAAGAACCUUGGAAUGCAUUCAGCCAUCAUAGCCCAGUCAAUGUCUCCAUGGAUGGAAUUCCCUGCAUUCUUUUCUGGGCCAAAGGAAUAACAGUAAAAUUUAAGAAUCAGACCUGGCUGGACCUUACAGAUGAAGCUUUUGGCCAGACGGCAGCAGUGGACAUUAGCAACUCAAAUUGCAGUGAAGAAAGUGCCAUUUUGUCUCUGAAGUUUGGUGAUGCUGAAAUUCCCAAAGGUCUUGAUAUAAGAUUCACCCUUACCAAUUACAACAAGCUGCACCUCCAGAGCUGGUUUAGUCUGCAGCGAGUCGAGAUUAUUUUCAAUAAUUCAAUCCAAGCAACUUUUAAUGCAACUGGCAUCUAUGCUCCGUCAAGUUAUUCCUACCACUGCCAGCGUGUCAGCAGCCUGCAGCAGUAUGAUGCCCUCUUGUUGCCCAGCUACACGGAUGACAUGUCAAGCCUGUGGGAAGUCACUUUUGUUGAUUUCCAGAUCCAAGGCUUCACCAUCAAGGCAAGGCAGUUUGCCAAGCCCCGAGACUGUGCCUCCUCCUUCUCACCAGCCAUUCUGAUUGGCCUGGCCAUGUCCCUGAUCCUGCUGCUGGUGUUGGCCUACGCUCUGCACAUGCUCAUCUACCUGCGGUAUCUGGAGCGGCACUAUGAUUUCAUCACCUCUCCGGCCCACUUCCCCCAGUUGAAAGCUCGAGAUGCAGCAGAAGAGAAGGAGCUGCUGAGGAGCCAGGGAGUCGAGUGCUAUGAACUGAGAAGCCAACAGAUGUGCAAAAUUUAUGUGUAAUAGCGCAGGCCCCUCUUCCUCACAAAGUCCACAGUGGGCUCUGAAAGGAGUUAUUUCUGUCUGUCCUCUUUGACUUGUGAUAUAAAAUGUUCACCUCAUGGCUUGAUUAAAAAAAAAUACAUGCAAAAAAUACAUUUUGGAGCAUCCGCUGGCCUACGUAGAGAGAUUUGAGGCAAUGAAAAAGUCCCAGGAACCCCACAGAGAUAAAUACGAUUGUUGCCCUAAAACUACUUGGAAGUUAGGAAGACAGAAAAAACCAUUGAUGCCAUUAAGAGAGGGGAAAACAUACUUGGUCCUCGUUGCUUGUGCCAGUUCAGAU